AUGUACAGCUUCAUGGGUGGCGGCCUCUUCUGUGCCUGGGUGGGGACCAUCCUCCUGGUGGUGGCCACAGCGACAGACCACUGGAUGCAGUACCGGCUGUCGGGGUCCUUCGCCCACCAGGGCUUAUGGCGGUAUUGCCUGGGCAACAAGUGCUACCUGCAGACAGAGAGCAUCGCCUACUGGAAUGCCACCCGCGCCUUCAUGAUCCUGUCCUCCCUGUGUGCCACGUCCGGCAUCAUCGUGGGCAUCCUGGCCUUCGCUCAGCAGCCCACCUUCACCCGCCUCUCCCGGCCUUUCUCUGCCGGCAUCAUGUUCUUCGCCUCUACCUUUUUUGUCCUGCUGGCCUUGGCCAUUUACACUGGAGUCACCGUCAGCUUCCUGGGUCGCCGCUUCGGGGACUGGCGCUUUUCUUGGUCUUACAUCCUGGGCUGGGUGGCCCUGCUCAUGACCUUCUUUGCAGGAAUCUUCUACAUGUGUGCCUACCGGAUGCACGAAUGUCGGCGCCUGUCCACGCCCCGCUGAGCCCAACUGUAUCCACCAGCUUCAACUGGAAGUUAAAACGAGG